AUGUCGAAAAAGUUUCUCGUUGACGGACGUGCAGUUUGGGUUGAAGAUGCUGAAUUCGAAGAGCUGCGUGAAAAAUUCAAAGAGAAUGUGACGGUAGAUGACUUGGAAAGUUGGGAGUCCAAGGUAUGAUUUAUUUUAAUCUUUUUUAAUGAAUGCUAAUAAGCUUUCUUAAAAUAAAACUAUGGAUUAACAAACACUUGUUUUGAAAUUUUUUUGUUUUCAGGAAGUCAUGGAGAGAUAUAACGCGUCAACGUUCAUCGACAAGGCCCGGCAUUACUUGUCUCUGUCUCCUCCGGACCUAAUUCAAUCUUCAGAAAAGAUCUGGUUUGCGGCUGUCUACGCUGUCAAAGAAGCUUAUCUUUCUUGCGGAGGUAUGGAUCUGAAGUCGCAUAAUUCUUUAAAGUAUUAUUAAUCCGAAUGUUUCAGGAAUCGAUUUGAAGUCGCACAACUCCUUGACUUAUUUUUGCCGAUUUGCACUUCAUCAUUCUGGUCUACCGUGGAAGCGCUUUGAUUAUUUAUCCGAUUGUUGGGUAAAAGCGGAGAGGUGAGUUGUUUAAUUUAAUACAUAAUUGAUUUAUUAUUAUUAUUUUCCUUUUUAUUUGUUUUUGGUUAAAAAUUUUUUUAUUCUUUCAUUUCUUUUUAUAUUAAUUUUUUAGAAUGCAUCGAGACGUCUAUGGUUCUGGAAACUAUCGUCCCAGUGAAUAUGGACAAAUAAUCUCCGAUGUAGAGGCCUUUGUAUUCGAAUUUGCACAAUUUGAUCGCAAGACACUUUGGUCCAAAUUCAAUGAGACGUUUAUUGCCGGAAACGAUCCAGAUGUUCAAAUUAAAAAGGAAUCUCAUACUAUCAAGCUUGGUGGUUUCAGUUUCAAGUGUGAUUACUCAGUUUUUGUUUAA